AUAUAACACGUGGGAACCGGAGGAGAACAUCCUGGAUCCCAGGCUGCUGAUCGCCUUCCAGAACAGGGAACGGCAGGAGCAGCUGAUGGGAUAUCGGAAGAGAGGGCCGAAGCCCAAGCCACUGGUGGUGCAGGUACCUACCUUUGCCCGUCGCUCCAAUGUCCUGACCGGGCUCCAAGACUCUUCAGCUGAUAACCGCUCCAAGCUGGAGCUGGGCACGCAGGGCAAGGGCCAGGGCCACCAGUACGAGCUCAACAGCAAAAAGCACCACCAGUACCAGCCGCACAGCAAAGAGAGAGCGGGCAAGCCCCCACCACCAGGCAAGAGCGGCAAGUACUACUACCAGUUGAACAGCAAGAAGCACCACCCCUACCAGCCGGACCCCAAAAUGUAUGACCUGCAGUAUCAGGGCGGCCACAAGGAGGCGCCCAGCCCCACCUGCCCGGACCUUGGCGCCAAGGGCCACCCGCCUGACAAGUGGGCCCAUGGCACAGUGGCCAAGGGCUACCUGGGGGCCGUGAAGCCUCUGGCUGGGGCAGCGGGGGCUCCAGGCAAGGGCUCUGAGAAGGGGCCCCCCAAUGGAAUGACACCGGCCCCCAAAGAGGCGGUGACAGGCAAUGGCAUUGGGGGCAAGAUGAAGAUCGUCAAGAACAAGAACAAGAACGGACGCAUCGUAAUUGUGAUGAGCAAGUACAUGGAGAACGGCAUGCAGGCGGUGAAAAUCAAGUCGGGCGAGGCAGCAGACGGAGAGACGCGCUCUCCCAGCCACAAGAAGCGCGCUCCGGAAGAGCGCCACCCCCCAGCCGAUAGGACUUUUAAAAAGGCCACAGGCAGUUCAGAGGAGAAGAAGACCGAGGCGCCCUGCAAGAGGCGGGAGGAGGAGACACCAGGCGCGGGGGACCCGCAGCCCCAGGACACCGGCUCCCGCAAGCUCUCACCGACUAAAGAGGCCUUCGCAGAACAGCCCCUGCAGCUCACCACCAAGCCGGACCUGUUGGCCUGGGACUCUGCCCGGGGCACGCACCCGCCCACCCACCACCACCACCACCAUCACCACCACCACCACCACACUAUGGGCCUCAACCUCUCCCACGCGCGCAAGCGGUGCCUCUCGGAGACCCACGGCGAGCGGGAGCCCUGCAAGAAGCGGCUGACUGCACGCAGCAUCAGCACGCCUACCUGCCUGGGGGGCAGCCCUGCUGCUGAGCGCCCCACUGCAGACCUGCCACCCGCUGCCGCUGCGUUGCCACAGCCUGAGGUCAUCCUGCUGGACUCUGACCUGGAUGAGCCCAUAGACUUGCGCUGCGUCAAGACGCGCAGCGAGGCUGGGGAGCCUCCCAGCUCCCUCCAGGUGAAGCCCGAGAUGCCGGCUGCAACAGCAGCGGUGGUGCUAGCGCCGGUGACAGCAGCGGAGAAACCUCCGGCUGAGGCCCAGGACGAGCCCACAGAGCCGCUGAGCGAGUUCAAGCCCUUCUUUGGAAAUAUAAUUAUCACCGACGUCACCGCGAACUGUCUCACUGUCACGUUCAAGGAGUACGUGACGGUGUAGCCGGGGCAUCGGAAGGGGAUGCGCUUGGGGUGGGGAGCAGCCCCGGGAGCCUGGGGGCUCCCCAUCACACACAGGAGCUGUGGUGGCCCCGGGGCAAGCGAGGACAGCCCAGCGUGGUGGCCCAGGUCUCCCCGUGGCCAUCCGGUCCCGGCGGAGGUGCCCGGCAGGGCCUGUCUCCUUCCACUCGGUGCCUGCGGUCCGUCCCCACAGCCUCUUCCCCACGCGAGACAAGAGUGCACCCUCCCCGCGGACCUCCGGAAUUGGCCCGGCAGCCACGCGGCGGUCUCAGAGUUAUAGUAUUAUAUUUUAACCGUGCUAACUUGUCAAGUGCUGACUCUACUCCCGUUUGUACGUGGUGUUAUUAUUGAAAUGUAUUGUUUGAGCUCAAAAGGCCUGACCCUCCCCAGUCGGGCUGAUAUAUAUAUAUUUAUUUGUAGGUAUUUAUAUAUUGAAAUAUAAAAACCUAGAUUUAUGGAGUUUCCUCUAGAUCAUGUUAUAUUCUAUAUCAGACAAACUAUUUUCUGUUGACCUUUCUUCCCCUUCAUUCAGUAUUUUGGUUGAUUUCAUUUCCUCUGCUCCAGGAACUGCAAUACCAGUAACCUUGGUAUAUAUUUUUUGAUACUGUACACAUGGAUGUGUUGUUUCUAUGUGCAAAAAAAAAAAAAAAGUUUGUUAAAAGGCUAAAUGAGCUCUCUAGAACCUGCUGCUACUAGAAAUGUCUAAACUAUAAGCUUCCAAUUAUUACCUGCUUGAAUGUAAAUAUUAAAUGGAGAUGUUGAAGGUGCA